UCUCGAACCAUCUUUUCCUUCCCGCCCUUAUUUUUUUGUUUAUCAUAUUCUUUAUAUGAGUAGCUCUUAUAACUUUUUCAAGCACUCAUGCUGCGUUGAGUUAAGUUUUGACGAAGAUGCAGCAUACAUUAGUUAUUACAAGACCGGGAUUAGGGCGAACCAGACUAUGGCUAGCACGACUAUUGAAAAAAGGGCUUCUAUACUGUAUAAUGCUUUUAAUGGGGAUAUUUUGGCAUACGGAGAGAGUGCUGACAUAAGAAAAAAAGAGGAAGAUCGUGAACAUAUAUUCUACGUGGACAAUAUUUUGGUGAAACUGAAUGAAAUAUACAUCAAAACAAAGCAACAUGAUUACAUAAAUGAUGCACAUGUUACUCUAUUGCAGAAAGCCAUGGUAACGCUCCUUCAACAUGCAAGAGAUGACUUUACGUUCAAGCAAAUACCAAAUGAUGGGUUUCAUUAUGUAAUAAGCCUUCCGACAUUUUGGGAUUUUGAAAUAAGAGAUAAAGUUAUCCGUCCUCUUUAUAUUCAAGCCGGGUUGAUUAAUGAAGAAGAUGACCACGACAGAUUAUUGUUUUUUACUGAACUUGAAUCAAAUUUUCGGUAUGUCCAGUGCAAUAGUCUAUUUAAUGGAAAGACGCGAGUACGGUUGAAAUACAACAAAAAGUAUAUCUUAUUUGUAACAAAAUUCACCCCGAAUAAAUGCUUUGUAACCUUGGAUUUGGUGUCAGCUCAUUAUCCACAUUUAGACUCGGGUUUGUUCAUUGACGUUGCAAAAUCAUUAAAAUCAGUCCGCUUUACCGUUCCCUUUGGUACAAAAUUAGAAAAAUAUAUACAGCUACGUCUCAAAGAUAAAGGGACAAAUAUGAACCCCAUCAAGGAUGCGCUAUUAAAAGAUCUGAUACGCCAGUACAAAUCUUGUCAGCCCUUCUCAUAUAAAACUCAAGAGAAUCGACCAUUUAAAAAUAUAUAUACCGAAGAGUUAUGUGAAACAAAGAAUACAUAUCUACAAUCUAUGCGUAUAGAAGAAAUCAAUAGAGAUUUGUUAUGUUCGGUCAGCAAAGACUGUCAAAACCAUAUACAGAAGCUGUUGGAAUUCCAAAACGACAAGAUAGAGGCAUUUGUUUAUAUUUGCCGCAAUAUGAACGUCUUAGAAAACGAAUUUGAAGUCCUUGAUGAUGAGUUAAAAUCAUUAAUGCGGACAUACGUUGAUCAAAAUUACAAACACAAUUUUUUAUCAUUUGAUAAAGACAAGAUUAGGAAAAACUACAAGGAAUUUGGGAAUAACUUUCAUUUGUUGUCCCAAUGUGAGUUGGUAGCGGAAGAUUUAGUACGGCAAUCUUGUGUUCAAAGGUCACCUAAAACGUUACCAAGAAAUUCGGAUGCACAGGAACAACGCAAAAUGGUGUCCAGAUCGCUUUUUGAAAACUCAAACCCAGAUUAUAUAGCGAGUAUAGACAUUUCUCUUGAGUCAGUAAAAUACGUGUGUGGAUUUCUUGGAGAUAAUGAUCGUGUCACAGAACUCACAGAAUACGACAGUUUAGACAUUCAACCCUUAGAAAGCUACUUUAAACAACAGGCUAUAUACCGGAAGUUAGUAUUACAUAUAAGCAAAAGGAUGAAAAAAUUCAUGGAAGAAAAUUUUGAUGACUAUCUAAGCAGUUAUCCCGGUGAUAGAGAAUAUCCUAUUCAAUCACUCUAUCUGGAUAUUUCUUCGACAAAAAUUAAAGAAUCUCUUCAAAAAAGUGAAUUAAAAAAACUGGAAAACGUGGCAACAACCAAGAGUACUUUGAUACCCGUAUUUCAAGCAAAAUAUACCCAUAUUUUUCUGUUGAUGUAUUUAGCAUACGUUAAUACUCUGAUAUCUGCCCAGUUAGAUAAAUGUUUUGAAAAAGAUUGGAGAGAUAAGAACAUUGGGUAUACUUUAAUGAUUGAAGAUUUUUUCAUGGAAAAUGUGGACAUAUUUAAAGAAGACAUACAGCAGCUAUUUCAUUUAAGUAGCAUACCUCAGAAAGUUGUCGAAAGAAGAAAAGUGCGCUUAUGUAAUAUCGGAUCGUGUUUGCUACCCGCUUUUCAGAAACGUAUUGGUCAAGAGUUCAAAUUCAAGUCGUAUUUUGUUAUCGCUCAGCUGCAUAGCACCUACAUACAUCUUGGUUUAAACCAAGUCGUUAAACAUGACUUGUCUGAAAAGGAGAUGUUCAAGGCUAUGUUUAUUUCAGAUAGGAUAAUCCCGAUCGAAAAUUUAAAUAUCAGUUUGUGCAAAACCAUUUGGAAAAGCAUCACUACCAACAAGACUAUAGACUAUUGCGAUACGCACAAAGAUCAAGAUCCAAAAUGGGAUUUCUUUAAACUAGACAACUAUAAGAGUGUUUUGCAUACACUAAAAUUACAGAUGGCCGAUAUUCUGUCGUCCGGUAGUAAAUCAUUGAACAUGGACAACGAAAUAGAGUUGAAUCUUAGCGAAGAGUGUAACUGCAGAACCCACACCACCCUCCGUAAUAUUAUGAUAGGAUUUAAGCCAGUGAUUGAAAAUGUCACUUCAAUGAUUAUUUCAGCUACAUUUGGUAUGAGGUUAUUUUAUGAACUUGACAAACUGGAUUAUUUGUUUAUUUUUGAAAACGCUUUUAUCAUCGAGCAUGAAUCAAUACUGUAUAAAGCCUACACAAAAACAUUACAGGAAGAAAUGAGAAAAACUAUUCAACUGAAAGAAAUAAGUACACAAGGAAUCUUAAUGCAAAAACCAAUCAACCAGCUUCUACAACCGGUGGCACAUAAAGAACAUCCUAUGUACAGCGCUUUCAAGAAUGGAGAUCCUUAUAAAGUGGCAGGCAGCACAUAUGGAUUGAUCCUUAAAAAACUGAUCGUAACUGGAAUUGAAAACUCUUACUUAAUUUGUAUAAAGCAUAAUGAUGAUGGUACAGAUGCUUACAUAGACGUCGGGGACACAAUCAUUGUUGUUCGAAAGGAACAGAUAAUAUUACAUUCAGGCAUUAAUGUGAAGUUUAAAAUUCGAUUCAAAAAUAUACAGAGAGAUGAUACACUACUGCUUCCUUGCUUGUUAGAGUUGGAGUUGAUAAAAUUCCACCCAGAAAUUAGGUCAUCGGAAGGCAAUUUUUUGUCAGCCAAAAAUCCGCACGAAUCAAUAUCUGAAAUCAGUUUGCCUAUUGAUGGAGUUAAAUCUGACACAUGUGUCAAUUUAAAUAUCACGUAUGGCUAUUAUGCUAUAGAAUUUUUUAUAAGAGAUGAAAUUUCAGUCCAGCAUCCUGAUACUCCUUACCACAUCACAAAUCUAGCCAUCGCGGUAGUAGAAACUAAAAACAUUGUGUAUUUGUAAGGCCAUAAUUUUUUAUUAGUCUCCGUAUAUAUACAUAUAUUGCGUUAUAUUAUACCUUUAAUAAACCCUGUUUGUUCUUCUGCUUGAUACCUUA